GACGCGUCUCCAUGGCGGCGGCGGGCCCCGGGUACCGGCGGGAGCGGGCGCUGGCCCUGCGGAGCAGCAGCUCGGCCCUGUACAACAACCUGGCCGUGCUGUGCCCCCCCGCGCGGCCCCCCCGGGCCUUCGGCACCGUGCACGGCACCACCCUCAGCCUGCUGGGACCAGAGGGGCCCCCGCGGCAGCUGCCGGUGCGGGGGGGCGGCUCGGCCCUCAGCACCCCUCUGCUCACACAGGCCGCCUGGUGUGAGCUGCCAGCCCGGGUGCUCCUGGUCCUCACGUCCCAGCGUGGCAUCCAGAUGUACGAGGCCGAUGGUUCCACCCUGGUGUUCUGGCACGCGCUGGACGUCCCGGAGCACCCGGCAGCACAUUCCGUGUUUGCCCGAGGCAUCUCCGUGGCCGGGGAGCACUUCAUCUGCGUGGGAACGUCCUCCGGGGCCGUGCUGGUGUUUGACAUCCCCCCCAAAGGCACCAACGUGACCCUGAGUGAGGUUCUGGAGCAGCACCGGCAUCCCAUCACCGACAUCGCGGCCGAGCAGGGCCAGGCCCCGGAGGGAGCUGGGGACCUGGUGACGGCCGAUGACUCUGGGACCCUCUGCCUGUGGGGCACCGGGGAGGAGUUCACCCUGCUCGGAAAGAUCCCGGGAUCUGGCUGCACCUGCUCCUCGGUGACACUGUGGAACGGGAUCGUGGCUGCAGGCUACGGGAACGGGCAGAUCCGGCUGUGGGAGGCAGGGUCGGGACAGCUCCGUGCCCAGGUGAGCGCCCACGCCCGCUGGAUCUACGCCCUGGACCUGGCACCGCUCACUGGAAAGCUGCUGUCGGGCGCAGAGGAUUCCUUUGUCCACGUCUGGGAGCUCAGCAGGGACCCGGACACGGAUGAUGUCGAGAUCCGGCACUGCCACGCCGAGUGCGUGACAGACACGCAGGUCUGCGGCGCCCGGUUCUGCGACCCCGCCGGGGACACCUUCGCUGUCACUGGCUACGACCUGAGCGAGAUCCUCUGCUACGGCCUGGCCUGAGACCGAAACACUGGCAG